CGCCAGAUCCGACCUGUGCGUUGCGUCUAGUAUUCCAUUCUCCGAGUAGUUAAAAUACAUGUAUCGGUUAGUGAUUUUCUGGUGUGCGAAGAUUGGUGAGUAAACAGCUAUGUUUGAGGACGCUCCUCCCACAAAAAAGUGGAACUACUGUCUAUACAACAAUCGUGGUCUACCUGAUAAUUAUGUAGAUUCAGAUUUCUUGUCUGAAUUAAAAGAAAACCUAUUUCUACCCAAACUUCGAGCACGUGAUGUUAUAAUCGCUGCUGGCAGCAUUUAUCAACAACUCUGUUGUUUGUCUUUGUUUGUAAUUAUCUACUUUUAUCUACUGUUCGGCUGGAUUUCUCCACAGUAUCUCAAUCUUUACCUUUUCUUCUUUAUAACUAUUGGAUAUGCCUUGUUUUGGUCAAUGAAAGAGGAAAAUGAAAGACAAUUUCAUAAAGUCAUACCUGAAAUCAAGUCGGGCAUGGUAUUUUUUACAUUUUGCUUUCUGCUUGCUCCUGUUCUGCACUCUCUCCUAUCGAGCGUAAGCACGGACUCUAUAUACGCCAUGUGUACUUUUUUUCUUCUUGUGUAUUGGACAUGUUUUGAUUAUAAGACUCAUUGGAAAGGUCAUCCUCGAAAGCCUGGGUCGAAUACUAUUUCUCUGAGUUCUGCUUUGUUAGCUGCUCUCUGCUUGGCUAGUCGUUUACCUGACCCUUAUCAUACUUUCGCAUUGCUUUCCACUGCCGUCACUUUACUAGCAUUAUGGCCAGCAUUAACAAGAAGGUUUCGCAAUAAUGGAGGUGAUGGAGCACAAAUAUGCUUAACCACAUUAUCUGGUUCUACAAUUCUUCUGAGUGCUUGGCCGAUAGUUUACAGUGAAGUAUCAUUCGAAUAUAGAUGCAUCUUCCUUUGCGCACUCAUAACAUCUACUCUGUGUAUUAAUUUUGUUGGACCGUGCUACUUAUUAAGAAUGCAAAAAAUUAAAAGGACUAUCCAUGGACCGUGGGAUGAAGCUGUCAUAGAAUAAAAUUUUGUAUAGCUAGAACAUUGUUUAUUUAGUAUAUACAUGAUUACUUUUGUACAACUCUCAAAACCCCUUACUAAGAAGAAAUUUAGCUACCUCUUCUUGAAAUAACCCUUCAAUUUUUAUACAACGUGUUACUUCAUCUACUUGGCAAAGAAACAACCCAGCUUCGCAUUUCGGUUGAAGAAGCGUCCGGAGAUCAUCAGCCAGAGCCUGUAAUAUUGUAAAAAAUGGUUGUCAUUCUUUCAUAAACAUGUAAACAAAAGAAAGAAUCCACUUCGAUUCCCUAAGCUUACCACUGAAUAAAUGAUUUAUUACGUUUAUAGU